AAGCUCGUCGUAUAUAUUACAUAUUUGAUGUUAAAACCGAUUUGAUUUUUCUCAAAUUUUAUAGAAUGUCAUAUUGUCGGUAUAAACUAUAAAAGUAUAAACAAACGAUGACAAUCAUAUGUAAAUAAUAUAAAAUAUCUAAUUGCAUCGUUACAUGCAAGAUUCUAUUUAUUAGGAUUAAUUCGAAUAUAUUUUAAAGAAAAAACUGAAACGUUCAGAAACUUUAUAAAAGUCAAUAUAAUUAAUUCGUAAAGAAAUACGAACAAUAGUUUGUGGAACAACAAACAAUUUGGAUCAUAAUUAUACUUAACUUCAAGAUAUAAUAUCUUGAAUUAAUAAGAUCAUAGUUUUUAUAUAAAAUUAAAUAAUAUGUUAAACGUGACACGAUAUUGUUCCAAGUCUUUAACAAACUACACUUUAACAAAAUGUUUACCACCUCGGAGAAAUUUAUUAGCAAACAAGAUACCAAAAGUAAAUGUAUUUCAAAAUGCUUUUGCACCAAUGAAAAGAAGCUCAUUUUUGUUGAAAAAGGAAUCACUUAGACAAUCUGGUACAAUAGCUAUAAACUAUACGUCAAAAGCAAAUAAAAAUUCAGAUAAAAUUGUUGGAUCUUGGCUCCUUAUUUGCGGUGGAAUGGUUUUUGUAGCAGUUGCUUUAGGGGGUGUUACAAGACUUACCGAAUCAGGUUUGUCUAUGGUUACUUGGAAAUUACUUGGGGAAAAAAUGCCUAUUAACGAAGAACAGUGGCAUGCUGAAUUUGAACGUUAUAAACAAUUUCCUGAGUAUAAAAUCACUAAUAAAGAUAUGACAUUGGACGAAUUUAAAAGAAUUUGGUGGAUGGAAUACUUCCAUAGAACAUGGGGUCGAUUGAUUGGCGGUGUAUUUUUAAUACCUGCAACAUAUUUUUGGUUUUCUGGUAUGCUUAAAUCAGAAAUGAAAAUACGUGUUGCGGUAUUAGGAUCAUUGAUCGGUCUACAAGGAUUAAUGGGGUGGUAUAUGGUUAAAUCUGGCUUGGAAGAUCGUUUUAAUGAACCUUCAGAUGUACCAAGAGUAUCGCAGUAUCGUCUUGCUUCGCAUUUAGGAUUAGCAUUUAUAAUAUAUUCAGGAUUUUUAUACAAUGCUCUGAGUUAUUUAGUACCUGCAAAAAAAAUAGGAAAUGGCAAUCUUAGUAUUGAAAAUUUCAAUGCAGCAGUGAAAAAAUUAACAGCAUUUAGAUAUUUAGUUCAUUCUACAAAAGGGAUGAUCUUUUUGACUGCUGUGUCUGGUGCAUUUGUAGCUGGCAUGGACGCUGGACUUAUUUAUAAUACUUUUCCAAAAAUGGCAGAUAAAUGGAUCCCUGAUGAUUUGUUUGCAAUGCCUCAGACAUUAAAAAAUUUUACUGAAAAUCCAACCACUGCACAAUUUCAACAUCGAUAUCUGGGUAUAUUUUCUUUUGUAUUAGUAAAUAUUAUUGCUAUUUUGGCUAGAAAUCAUAAACUUCCUGGCUAUGGGAAAACAGCUGUAAAUACAGUACUGGGUGCAGGUUAUUUACAAGUUUCUUUAGGUAUUUUAACUUUAUUAUAUCAUGUACCAGUACCAUUAGCUGCAUCUCAUCAGUGUGGUAGUCUUAUUCUUUUAAGUAGUAUACUCUGGCUUUGUCACGAGUUAAAAUAUGUAAAAUAUAUAAAAACGUUAGUAAAGUGAAAAUGUAAACAAUUUUUUUAUAUGAUAUCUUAAAUAAAAAAAAUUAUAUGUGUGUAUUUUA